AUGAGCAUGCCCACCUCUUUCCCCUCCCCUCCCCAAUCUCCAAGCACUUUAUCUAAUGUUAUUAGCAAGUCUGGUUUCAGGACCAAGUCCCCUGCACGACCCAGACACCAGAACUACUCGGGAGAAGCCCCAGAAAGGAGGGCACUCGAGCCCCACGGAGAAGAGAACUCUGGCGCUGACCUGGCCACAUAUAGUGACCUGGCCACGUAUAGUGACCUUGCCACGUAUAGUGUCCUGGCCACGUAUAGUGACCUGGCCACGUGUAGUGACCUGGCCACAUAUAGUGACCUGGCCACGUGUAGUGACCUGGCCACGUGUAGUGACCUGGCCACAUAUAGUGACCUGGCCACAUAUAGUGACCUGGCCACAUAUAGUGACCUGGCCACGUGUAGUGACCUGGCCACAUAUAGUGACCUGGCCACGUAUAGUGACCUUGCCACGUAUAGUGACCUGGCCACGUAUAGUGACCUGGCCACAUAUAGUGACCUGGCCACAUAUAGUGACCUGGCCACAUAUAGUGACCUGGCCACAUAUAGUGACCUGGCCACGUAUAGUGACCUGGACACGUAUAGUGACCUGGCCACUUGUUAUAGUGACCUGGCCACAUAUAGUGACCUUGCCACGUAUAGUGACCUGGCCACAUAUAGUGACAUGGCCACAUAUAGUGACCUGGCCACAUAUAGUGACCUUGCCACGUAUAGUGACCUGGCCACAUAUAGUGACCUGGCCACAUAUAGUGACCUGGCCACAUAUAGUGACCUGGCCACAUAUAGUGACCUUGCCACGUAUAGUGACCUGGCCACAUAUAGUGACCUGGCCACAUAUAGUGACCUUGCCACUGACCUGGCCACAUAUAGUGACCUUGCCACGUAUAGUGACCUGGCCACAUAUAGUGACCUGGCCACAUAUAGUGACCUGGCCACAUAUAGUGACCUUGCCACGUAUAGUGACCUGGCCACAUAUAGUGACAUGGCCACGUAUAGUGACCUGGCCACAUAUAGUGACCUGGCCACGUAUAGUGACCUGGCCACGUAUAGUGACCUGGCCACAUAUAGUGACCUGGCCACAUAUAGUGACCUGGCCACAUAUAGUGACAUGGCCACAUAUAGUGACCUGGCCACGUAUAGUGACCUGGCCACGUAUAGUGACCUGGCCACAUAUAGUGACCUUGCCACGUAUAGUGACCUGGCCACAUAUAGUGACCUGGCCACAUAUAGUGACCUGGCCACAUAUAGUGACCUGGCCACAUAUAGUGACCUGGCCACAUAUAGUGACCUGGCCACAUAUAGUGACCUUGCCACGUAUAGUGACCUGGCCACAUAUAGUGACCUGGCCACAUAUAGUGACCUGGCCACAUAUAGUGACCUGGCCACGUAUAGUGACCUGGCCACGUAUAGUGACCUGGCCACGUGUAGUGACCUGGCCACGUAUAGUGACCUGGCCACAUAUAGUGACCUUGCCACGUAUAGUGACCUGGCCACAUAUAGUGUCCUGGCCACAUAUAGUGACCUGGCCACAUAUAGUGACCUGGCCACGUAUAGUGACCUGGCCACUGACCUGGCCACAUAUAGUGACCUGGCCACAUAUAGUGACCUUGUUACGUAUAGUGACCUGGCCACGUGUAGUGACCUGGCCACGUAUAGUGACCUGGCCACAUAUAGUGACCUGGCCACGUGUAGUGACCUGGCCACGUAUAGUGACCUGGCCACAUAUAGUGACCUGGCCACGUAUAGUGACCUGGCCACAUAUAGUGACCUUGUUACGUAUAGUGACCUGGCCACAUAUAGUGACCUUGUUACGUAUAGUGACCUGGCCACGUGUAGUGACCUUGUUGCGUAUAGUGACCUGGCCACGUAUAGUGACCUGGCCACAUAUAGUGACCUGGCCACGUAUAGUGACCUGGCCACGUAUAGUGACCUGGCCACAUAUAGUGACCUGGCCACAUAUAGUGACCUUGUUACGUAUAGUGACCUGGCCACGUAUAGUGUCCUGGCCACAUAUAGUGACCUGGCCACGUAUAGUGACCUGGCCACGUGUAGUGACCUGGCCACGUGUAGUGACCUGGCCACGUAUAGUGACCUGGCCACGUAUAGUGACCUGGCCACGUGUAGUGACCUGGCCACGUGUAGUGACCUGGCCACGUAUAGUGACCUGGCCACGUGUAGUGACCUGGCCACGUGUAGUGACCUGGCCACGUGUAGUGACCUGGCCACGUGUAGUGACCUGGCCACGUGUAGUGACCUGGCCACGUGUAGUGACCUGGCCACGUGUAGUGACCUGGCCACGUGUAGUGACCUGGCCACGUAUAGUGACCUUUAUACACCCACGAGUCUUUAUUUAAAUCAAACGUGGAGGGAGAAUUCCAUAGGCUCGGAAAGUCAAUUAUUUUACCCAUAUUCUGCGUUCUUGAGUCCAUCCCCAGAGUCCACUCCAAGUGUGUGCGUGCUGACUACUGCCCUUCAUGCCUUGUAUGCCCCCGGGGGUCACGCGUCAUAG